UUUUGUAGUCACCAAUACAAAAAAGUCCCAGAGGCUUUUUCCCUUGCAAAAUCCAUCUUUCUUCUCUUCUAUCCUCUCACCGGCCGAUUAGGGCUUGGAAUUUGGGAUUUGGGAUUUUUCCUCUUUCUUUUCUUCUUCCUAAGCCCUAGCUGGGUUGUUUUUUUUUCCUUCUUUCGAGGUCUGAGACGAUGAGGGAUUUGAAUUCGGAUCUGUUCGACCUGAGGACGGUGAUGGAUCCCGACUUCUCCCGGAGCGCUUCGUCGUCGUCGGACGCCGAUUUCGGCUUCGCUUUCAACGAUAGCAACUUCUCCGACCGCCAGCUUAGGAUCGAGAUCAUGGGCGACGCUUCCGAUGCCAGGCCCGAUUCCGACACCUGCGCCACCAUCGCCGAUUGGGCUCGCCACCGCAAGAGGAGGAGAGAGGAUUUCAAGAAGGAAAACGUCGUGGAUCUAACUGGUUGCCCGGAGGAACAAAUCUUGAGUUGCAACCAGCCAGACAUGGAUGAUUUGGAGGGCUGUGAAAAUCAAGAGGAGGAAGUUGAAGCUAUGGUUGAAGAAUCACCUUCAGGUGUUGUAACAAUCUGCGAUGAAGCUGCAAACAGCAAUGAGUCAGAUUGGAGCAUGGAUUGCUCAACAGUUGUGAGAGUUAAGACAUUGCACAUUAGCUCUCCUAUUUUAGCAGCCAAAAGUCCAUUUUUCUACAAGCUUUUUUCCAAUGGGAUGAGGGAGUCGGAGCAGCGGCAUGUAACUCUACGAAUCAAUGCAUCUGAGGAAGUUGCACUCAUGGAGCUACUGAACUUUAUGUACAGUAAUACAUUAUCUACUACCUCAGCUCCUGGUUUGCUGGAUGUGCUGAUGGCAGCUGACAAAUUUGAAGUAGCGUCGUGCAUGAGACAUUGCAGCCGUCUAUUACGGAAUAUGCCUAUGACACCUGACUCUGCAUUGCUUUAUCUUGAGCUUCCUUCAAGUGUCUUGAUGGCAGAAGCGGUUCAGUCGUUGACUGAUGCAGCAAAGCAGUAUCUUGCUGCCCGCUACAGGGACAUUACUAAGUUUCAAGAAGAGGUGAUGGCCUUACCGCUGGCUGGAAUAGAAGCAAUAUUGGCUAGUGAUGAUCUCCAAAUUGCAUCAGAGGAUGCUGUAUAUGACUUUGUGUUGAAGUGGUCUAGGGCUCAAUACCCAAAACUAGAGGAACGGAGAGAAGUCUUGGGUUCCCGACUUGCACGAUACAUUCGGUUUCCUUACAUGACUUGUCGAAAACUAAAGAAGGUCUUAACUUGCAAUGAUUUCGACCAUGAAAUUGCAUCGAAGCUUGUUCUUGAAGCCCUCUUUUUCAAAGCCGAAGUUCCACAUCGGCAGCGUGCGUUGGCUUCGGAAGACUCUGCUACCAUGAACCGUCAUUUUGUGGAGCGGGCUUACAAGUAUCGUCCUGUUAAGGUUGUCGAGUUUGAACUCCCCAGACAGCAAUGUGUUGUUUACUUGGACCUCAAGCGCGAGGAGUGUGCAAAUCUAUAUCCUUCUGGGAGAGUUUAUUCUCAGGCAUUCCACUUGGGUGGUCAAGGGUUCUUCCUCUCGGCACAUUGCAACAUGGACCAACAGGGUUCCUUCCAUUGUUUCGGUCUCUUUUUGGGAAUGCAGGAAAAAGGGUCAGUCACGUUCGCUGUGGAUUAUGAAUUCGCUGCAAGAUCAAAGCCGGCAGAGGAGUUUGUUAGCAAAUACAAAGGCAAUUACACAUUUACCGGAGGGAAGGCUGUUGGUUACAGAAACCUAUUUCAAUUGCUGUGGACAAACUUUAUGGCUGAGGAAAGUCCCUACUUCAUCAAUGGUGUACUCCAUCUCAGAGCAGAGCUUACCAUUAAGCAUUGACUGAUCACUACUGCAUAGCCCUAACCAUUUUGUUUAUUUUAUUUAUGUGCUUGUCGUUUACCAUCCUCGUCCAUUUAGGAAGUAUGUUAAACUGUAAUAAUGAGAAAACUAUGCACUUCAAAGCUUGGCUGAUUAGAAAUGUUUAUGUUAUGUUUAGUUAUUCUCAUUAGUUGUACUCAACAAUUCAAAUUACCGUAUAUCAUGCUUGAUACUAAUUUGGCUCGGUUUA